CUUCGACGCAUGCGCACUUGUUAUUUUGGUUUCACUCGCGCCAUGAAAAUGUGACAAGACGGCAAAAUUAUUUUGUAAAUGGUGCAUUAUAUCAGGAUCGGUUUACAUAGUUAAAGAGUUAUCUGGGAGACAACAGAAAGAUUUCUUGAUCUGGGUCACCGAAGAGCUUCAUUAUGUCCUCUCAGGCCCCGACAUCGGCGGAUGCCUGUUUGAGCAUUGUUCACAGUCUCAUGUGCCACAGACAGGGAGGAGAGAGUGAAAGUUUCGGAAAACGAGCAAUUGAAAGCCUGGUGAAAAAAUUAAAGGAGAAAAGAGAUGAGUUAGAUAGUUUGAUAACGGCCAUCACAACAAAUGGAGCUCAUCCAACUAAAUGUGUAACCAUACAAAGAACGCUAGAUGGAAGACUACAGGUUGCUGGAAGGAAAGGAUUCCCACAUGUUAUAUAUGCCCGUAUAUGGAGAUGGCCAGACCUACACAAGAAUGAGCUAAAGCAUGCUAAGUUCUGCCAGUACGCGUUUGACCUGAAGCAGGACAGCGUGUGUGUUAACCCAUAUCACUAUGAGAGGGUUGUCUCCCCUGGCAUAGAUUUAUCUGGUCUGACAAUACAACAUGCACUGCCGAUUAUUACAGCGCCCCCUAGCAGACUAGUGAAGGAUGAAUACCAGGGAGGUAACCAGCACCCAGCUAUAGAAGCAGGGGACAGCUGCCAGACCAUCCAACACCCACCUCAGGACAGCUUCACCAAUCGCGGACUUCCGUCGUCGGCACUCGGUCAGGGUUCACCGAGCCCACAGUCCACUGGGCAGCAUCAGCCACACCACCAGACCGUUCCUCAGCACUCUAACACCAUAGGGGGGCGAGGUGGCCCCUCCCAGGGGGCAGGGCCCGCAGGAUCGGUCUCUGUCCCCAUCCAGCACACUCCCCUGUCCCCCCAGGCUCUUUCGCCUCAACCCGCAGCUUCCAGUAGCAUUGGUUUGUCGUCUCCACUCGCCGAAAACUACUCACAAAUACCUCAUUCUAGCCAGGCCAACCUGAGUCCGUUCCCUAGAAACUCUUCCAGUGCAACUUGGGCCGGCAGCAGUACAGCUACUUAUACACAGACACAGGACCCACAGUUCUGGAACAACAAUCAUUUACAGACGUCUGACAACAUACCUCUUCCUCCCUUAACCAAUCAACAACCUCCUGAAUUUUGGUGCACCAUUACGUAUUUUGAGCUGGAUCAACAGGUCGGGGAGACAUUCAAGGUUCCGUACAGCUGUUCCACAGUGACUGUUGAUGGCUACACUGAUCCUUCCAGUCUCGACCGUUUCUGUCUCGGACAGUUAUCAAACGUACACCGAACAGAGGCUAGUGAACGAGCGAGGUUACACAUAGGUAAGGGCGUACAGCUGGACUAUCGAGGGGAAGGAGAUGUCUGGAUACGCUGCGUCAGUGACCACAGCGUCUUCGUCCAGAGUUAUUACCUUGACCGUGAGGCUGGACGUGCUCCUGGCGAUGCUGUUCACAAAAUAUACCCCAGCGCAUACAUUAAGGUAUUUGAUAUUCGACAAUGCCAUCGACAGAUGCAGCAACAAGCGGCUACUGCACAAGCUGCGGCCGCGGCUCAAGCUGCCGCAGUGGCAGGAAAUGUCCCGGGGCCGGCCUCUGUUGGGGGUAUAGCACCAGCUGUCGGCCUGAGUGCAGCGGCUGGUAUUGGUGUAGAUGACCUCAGACGACUGUGUAUACUACGCCUGAGUUUUGUGAAGGGCUGGGGACCUGACUACCCUCGCCACAGUAUUAAAGAAACGCCAUGCUGGAUAGAAGUUCAGCUCCAUCGGCCACUGCAGCUUCUGGAUGAGGUUCUACAGACGAUGCCACUGAGCAGCGAAGUACGGCCACGCGGCUUCUUCCUGGGCUAAAGAGUGACUCUCAUCAAUAUGGUUAAUCAUAUUGCCACCAAAAUUGUUUACAAACUUACCAGUUAGACAAUGCAUGCUCUAGUUCUCAGAUGAAGAUGAAGCAUUUACUGAACUCACUGCCAUAACUCAUAAUGAAGGGAGUUAACCAUGUUUGGUAAACUUUCCAACUAAGAAGUGUUCGACUCUUGUAUGGGAUUGUGGAAUCAUUCAUAGUUUAAGUGACUGAUCUCAAUUACAGCGAUCAAUUCUUGAACGUCCAAUCCCGAGACUCUACGACUUUCAAAAAUCUUACCUCAAGAUUUACGAUAUGCCAUGCCCUGGAGUUAAGGAGUUUCAAACUCCCUCAGAAAGAUACCGUCUAAAAAAUAGGGCAUCAUCACUAAAUGAUGGGAAAAGGUGGCCUGUUGUAUUCAAGUAGUAGACCUCGAAAUGGUGGGCAGCUUCGUUGAAGCAAAAUCUGUAAUUCGUCGAAGAGCAUUGGAGAAAUAUUAAUUCCGCAAAGAUAUCAUUCUGAAAGGAGGUGACCGAUUUUGUUUGUGAAUGAAAUAUUGGCAAAGUUUCAUUUUGGAAAACUUUCCAUUUCAUUAAAGUUGAUUUUAUAUAAUAUUUAAGUAUGAACUUUACUUUCAUAUCUUAAAGUUAUUGAUAAGGAAAUAUUCCUACAAAGACGUGACAAUUAGCAGUAGUAGUUGUGCUACGCUGAGCGUAAGAAUAAUUCAGCUCUGAAGUGUGGCUAGUUUCCAGACACUGCGUGGAUCUGCUUCCUGUUAACUCAGUACUGCUGAUAAAGUAUGGAGUCAAAAAACAUCUCUGAUACCUGGAGUGCCAAAUGGCAUCAGCAGGAUGAUGUGUGUUAAAAUUAUUCCUGUGGCGUAUUGUUUAAAAUAGUUCCAAUGGCCUAUGCUAUAAAUUAAUGAUAGCAGUAGAUGUGUGGGAUGUUGGUGGCAAGAUACUGCAAUAUGUUUGUGGAUUACGGCGCUAAAGUGAGUUCCGGGUUGUUAUGGAGUAAACCAGCCGCAUAAGUUGUUUGUUAAAACAUACUUAAUGUCGACCAGUAGAUUCUGGUGAACUUUUGUUAAAUUCUGAUUUUACUCUUGGUGCAUAUAUAUCUUGUUUUGUUGUUAACGGUUGUAAAAAAAAAAGGACUGCACUCUUUGUUCAGUGUAUAAACCGGUGACUAUAUUGUAUAUAUUGUACCAUCACUUAUACCGUCGCCAUGACUCCCCAAACAAAAUUAUCAUCCAUGUUUACCAUAGUUACAAAUCAUCAAGUCUUCAUCCAGAGAUUUUUGGGGUUUUUUUUUGAGACGGGAUUGCAGUUUUUAUCAAGCCAUAAGCCCAUGUCUGGAUAUAAGCCCACCUGUGUCUUUUGUAAGAUUUGCAAUUCAUUGAAAAGUUAGCAAAAAAAUUUCAUUGUUCUGUGAUAAGCCCAUUCUCUACUUUUGAUUUGUAUUGGCCAUCUAGGCUUAUUACAGGAUAUGUAAUACAGGAGAAAAAUAAUGUGAACUAUAAACUUUGUUUGUUAUCUAAUUAAUCAUGAUCAUUAAUGAUAUAUGUGAAUUACUCAAGCUGAUUAGGUGAACUUUGAGUCUAAACAAUUUUAAGAUUUUAUUGUAAAUUUUUACAACGGUGAUAAAAGAUUUUUAACAAUUAUUGUUAUGCCACUAUAAUUAUAAAUACAAAAGGAGUAAUUAAGGCCAAUUAAAAAAAAUGCUGUUGUACGUCCCCUUUUCCUUCCUCUGUGGUAUUUACCCGAAACUUUUUUCAGAAGAGUAUUAAAGUAAAAAUAUGCCUUUUAUAUAACCUCAGUACAUUUAUUGGCAAAUGAAAUGCAGAUUGAUAAAGUUUUGGGGAAGAUGAAUGGGGUCAAUCAACAUGGUUUAAUUUGGCCAAGAUGAGAUACAUCCAAACUUUUAUUUGAAGCAUUGAUUAAUGGAUGUAUAUGGAGAGUGAAAUUUCUUAUCUGUUUUUUACAAUUUUUUGAAAAUAUUUGAAAUAUUUAAAAAGAAAAUCCACUUACUGAAUUCAUCAAACACCAAUCAUACAAAAAAUACCAUUACAUGACUGGAUCAUGGAUGUCGUUUCGGGAUAUCAAAUACUUCAAAAAGUGAACAUAGAAUUGAUUUAUACACUGAGAAUUAAGAUAAAGCAUUACUACGAAGUCUGCGUUUAAUUGAAUCCUGGGUUUUCUCAUUACAUACGAUCAAAUAUGUGGUUUUUGUAAAUGUUGUUCCGUUAAUAUCGUCGGUUUUGUCGCCCCUGUGUGAUACAAAUGUUAAUUUUUAAAUCAAAUGUUUUCCGACUUUAUAAUUACUCCCUUGUCGUUUACAUGUUAAUCAUGUCUGUGUAGUCUGUAAAAUUUAGAUCUACAUAAUAUUCAUAUUUACAUUAAUUCAUUGGUAAGUGUAAUCCUGGAAGAUUUGAAGUGAGACUGCCUUGGUCCAUAUGUUGCAAAAUAAUUAUGAUGUACAUUUUGUAUUCAUCAUUUUAAUGAAUUAAGAUUUGUAGAAUUGCAUAUCAAAUGUUAUAUAUAUUUUCAUAACUGUUCCAAAGGGAACAUCUUAUACAAAUAAACAAACAUGUCUAUAUAAUUCCAAUGACCAGAUCAUAUAAUGUUUGAAUUAAAAAAUAAUAAAUUGACAGUUUAUGUAUUGAAGUUUAGAUGAUGUGAAAUAAUAAUAAUAAAAAAAAAAAGAAGCUAUUAAUCUUUUAACUCUGCAUACCUUCCAAAGUUGAGUUUAACAUUGGCCGAGUUUGAAAUAAAACUAUUAUUUUCUAAUUGAUAUCAGGUAGGGAAUAACUUUCAUAACAAAUUAUCUCCCCUUAGAUAAUAUUAUGAUAUAAUAGCCUACACUAGUUUUAUUGAACUGGGUAGAUUAUUUACUGUAUCAGUCCGGGUAAAGGUCUCUCUCAAUUCAUUCAGGAUUUACAUAUUCCUUUUUGCAUGGUCGUACAUAUUCAAAUCAUGAAUCAUAUUUAAUGGUAUUAAUGUGGCCGAGCAUCUUCAGUUUCACAGAUCACUUAUUUUGUAAUGUGAUUCUGUAAGCAAACAAGUGUUUCCUCCUAAUAUUUCUGAAAAUUCUAAACUGUAUACUUCAAAAAAAGUACCUGAUAUAUUUAUUAUUCAGAUUUCAAGUUGUUUAUAUAGCAUUAGUAGUGACAGAUAUUCUGUAAAAUGUUUGAAUAUCUUGUGAUCUUCACAGCAGUAAGAAAUUAAAAAAAAAAUUAAAUAUGCUCACACAAAAUAAAAUGAAUUUCAUGAUAUUUACAUCUUGAAGUGUUAAGUUAAAAAACAUUAGAAAUAAAAACCCAGGUGCCUGAGAGACUGAAGAUGAAUCGUGGCCUAAUGUUGUCAUUUUAUUGAAGUAAAGCCCUGAUUUCCUUUCGUACAUUUAAACAUGCAUAUUCAUUAUUCAUCAUGGAAUUUGCAUAAUCCUUAACAAUUUGAAUAUUCAUGAAGGACUUGCAUAUUCCUUCAUAUGUAAAUUUUUAACAUUAUCAUGUUUCCUAUUUAUCAUAUAUUUACAUAUUCAUUGUGUCAUUUUAUAUUAACAAAAUUUUCUUCGCAUGAAAUGAUGACAUAUUGGUAUCUACCUUCAUUCCUGGUCAAAUAAAUAAAGCAUUUAUAAAACAUUGAAUGAAACAAAUGGACAGCUUUUUUAUGAUGGAUGUAUACAAAUGUAAUGAUCAAAAUUUGUUCUUCGCUCGUGAUCAACAGGCUUGUAUGAUUGAUAAUUUGUGCAAUGGUGCGGUGUUCUUCGUCUGUCUGUCCAGCUGGGUAGCCAGUUUUAUCUGUCUGUCCAGUAGGGUAGCCAUUCUCCCCUGCCCUAAAGUAUAUAACUGCAAUCCGAUCCACUGGCACUGCCAUUUUGUUUUCCAUGAAUGUGUUCCUUAAAUGAUCAACUUUCCUAAGAAGAAUAUGAUCCAUCUCAAGCGAUUCUUAUAGGACUGGGAAUUCAAUAGGAUCCAGAAGAGUGUGAAUUGGUGUUUUUUGGUACACAGUAAAAAUUGAAGUAUUUGAACAUUUGGGUUGAAUUCAUUAGAUUGAUAUAUAAUCACAGAAUCAGUCUUCGUGUUGUUGAAAGCUGGGCCAAUCUUGUUUGAUGACACUUAAUUGUCAUUUCUUUAAGAGAUUGCUCUACAUAACAAGAUUGUAGAUGUAUGUCAAGAUCACAGCUGCACAAGAAAGUCUAGGUGAUUAUGCAAAGAUGCAUUAGCAUUUUGUAUAAGGUCAAUCAAGAUUGUUCUGAUGGACAAGAUAUUGAUUUGUUUUGCAGGUAAUAUGGAUGAAUUGAUUAGGAAAAGGCGAAUUUCCUUGUCCAGCAUUAAAGGACAAAGAAGUCCAUUUGUUGAAAUAUGGAAGGAUAACCUUUCUUAGAGGAAUCAUGGACUUAAAGAAGCUUCCUGGUAUUAUCUGCUAAAAAAUGUUGAAAGGGACAUACAUUAAUUAAAGUUAUUUAGUUGUUGGGGUCAGAAAAGUGACAGCAUUAUAAUUAACAGAUUCUCUUCUGAAGAAAUAUUCUCUGAUAUCAGACAAUAGCUGUUGGAAGGACAUUAUAUAAUACAAUACUGAAACUAAAUCAUGCGAUUAAGAUUCGAGAUUAGUUAACCCUUUAAGAUAUCUUAUUUCAGACGUCUUAAUAAUCCACUCCAGUCGACUUCUAUGAUGUAUAUAAAGGGAAAUUGGGUUCUAUCUUUUCCUGAUGAAGUUUCCACACUCUUUGUUAUCGAUAUUGGAUGGUUAAUAUGUAUAUUACAGAGUAAGAAUAUACGGCACAUCAAGUUAUAGUUAUGUAAACAAGGUUAAAUUAACUAAUGUUUACCAAGUUAUAGUUAGCGUACUGUAAACGAGGUUAAAUUAACUAAUGUUUACCAAGUUAUAGUUAGCGUACUGUAAAUGAGGUUGAAUUAACUAAUGUUUACCAAGUAAUAGUAAAAGUACUGUAAACAUGGUUAAUUUAGUUUGUACUGUUUACUAGGUAAGUUUUAGUGCUGUAAACCAGGUUAGUGUUAAUAAAUUUACCAGGUUAGAGAUUGUACUGUUUACCAAGUUGAAGUUAGUACUGUAGGUUCAGAAUUUGUAUACAUACCAUUACCAUGCUUUAGUGAGAUGUUCCAGAUUUUGACUUGUACACCACUAUAGUAUUCCCAGCAAUGAAUAUUUAUUCAAUCCUGUGCAUUACACAAAAAGGGAAAGUAAAACUACGAAAAAUCAAAGCUGUUAAUGAAAUAUAUGAAGCCGUGAGAUGUUUUUGUCCAUCACAAUAAAAAUAUAUUACUGCUUGU